CUUGUCCUAUUUGCAGACACAAUCUUUGAGUAUGUGCGUCCUCCUGCUGCGCAGCGGGCAGGCAUUUCCUCUCGUUCGGCAAGGCGCGCCGUACCUUCGUAUUCCAUCUGCCUCUUGUUCGCUCCCGUCGGGUCGUCUAUCGCCCGGUUCUCCCCGCAGCGCGUCGCAGACCGCCUUAAAAAAAAUAGCCUUCGGUCGGCCUGAAAAAACUUUUCUCUCUGCCCUCGCAUUAGAGAAUGCUUUCCGGACUUCACCAGGUCCUCCGCUGGACCGAUCAAAACCUUCCGACUGAGAAGCAAAUUUUCAUCUCUGACUCUCUCUGUGCCGACGGCACCUUUCUUCUUCUCUACUUUAUAGGUCAAUAUUUACGCGCCAACCAAAAAGUCAUCCUGAUCGCCUUAGAACAAAGCUUCCUGUACUAUGCCACCCUCUCCCGUAAAAUGGGCAUCAAUCUGUUGAAGGAAUACACCGCCGGGCGCUUUGUCUACAUAGACGGUAUGACUUGUCCUUACGCCUGGACCGGCCAGGUGUUCUCGGACACCCACCACACCUCCACCGACGCUAUGCUGGCCGCAGCGCACUCCCACCCUUUCUCUCUGUCUCCGUCUGAAAACAGCGCACUUCAGCCUCUCUACACAUCUGUACGACAGAUUCUCAGUUCGAUGAGCACCGAUGAGCACAGCCGCACUUGUCUACUCAUCGACAACGUCUCUGCGUUCUCCCAGGUCUUGGACACCGGUCAGAUCUGUUCCUUCGUCAACUAUUGCCGCUGUCUCUUAGAGAGGCGAGACCAGUCAUCCGGCACCAUGGUCUGCCUCGCCCAUUCCGACUGCGACUUGGUUCUUUCAAACAACAUGAAGUACAGAUCGGACUUGGUGAUCCAACUCGAAGGGUUCACAACGGGACAUCCGACCGACGAAGAUGGUCUCAUCAGAUUCACCAGACCGCAGUGCGAUGAGCAGGCACCUCCCGAGCUGUAUUUUAAAGUAGUAGACGGCCUUGCGAGGUUUCGCAUAGCACCUGCUGACGCGAUUUAACAGAAGGGACAAUUUCUCGUCCGCGAGGGCGCGAUUUUUUGUCGUUUUUUUUGACCGUGAAUUGGUUGGGGAGGGGUGGCGUGAGCGCGAUUUUUUUUUUUCAAGCAGUUUGCGUGGCAGGACGCGGCUGAUGGGGGAAAAAAGCGGCACGAAUAUUUGCGCAGAUAAAUUUCUAUAUGGCGGGGGCGCUCAGACCACAUAAUACGGCGCGGCUAGCGGGGGAAAAAAUUUUUUUCAUUCACACUUUAUUUGCAGGGCCGAUAAGAUGGUGGUACAUGGUGGCGAGCGAGAAAAAAAAGGGGGCCGACGAUGUGCGCGUACUGACGUUUUUAUUCAGGAAUCCGACAAGCUGACGAGUGCGACGCUGAAUGCACCUCAGGGAAUUGUAGCAGAUGAGCCCGUAUUUAAAGCCUGUUUUCAUCCGAAUCGAGACGUGGUUGCCUAUGGCACGCUAGGCGGCAAGGUGUGCAUGUAUCGGUAUUUUCUGAGGAGGGAGAAUUUGAAGCUUUUGGAGCUGAAGCUGCACACGAAGUCAUGCAGAGACAUGAUGUUUUCUGAAAAUGGUUCAGCGAUAUAUUCCUGUUCUGCAGAUAAGUCUAUUGUGGGGGUAGACGUAGAGACAAGGAAGUCCGUGUUUGAUAUGAAGAAGGCGCACAAAUAUUCGAUAAGCGCAUUGAGGCUGCAUGAGAACAUGUUGAUGACGGGCGACGAUAAUGGAGUGAUCAAGAUUUGGGACGUUAGAAAGCUAGGAAAAGUAAAGCAGAUUGCUGGAAACGAAGACUACAUUUCUGAGUUUGCAAUUCACCAAGAUUACCAUACGGCAGUGGUUGCAUCGGGCGACCAGACGUUUUCCGUCAUAGAUCUCAGGAAGGGCGUAUUGGCGGACAGGAGUGAGUAUUUCGACGAAGAUUUGCUUUGCGCAAAGAUUGUCCACCAUGGGAAGAACGUGGUGUUGGGGGGACAGAUUGGGGACUUGUUGAUGUGUCCUUGGGGGAAUUGGAAGGAUACGGUGACGUAUCCUAUGUAUAGCGAGAGUCUCGACUGCAUGGUGAAGUUAGACGAGUCGACGGUUAUUACGGGAGCGGAAGAUGGAAGUUAUCAGGUCAUUCGCAUUGCACCUACGCCGAGGGUGGUUUACGUUGGCGUUGGGUCUAGAUACACGAUGGGGAUUACGUCGUUGUCUUUGUGCAGAAAAGGGAAGUAUUUGGCGCUUUGCACCGACGUGACAGUGCACAUUUUCAAUGUGUCCCAUUUUGCUAACGAAGUGGAUGCGGAGGCCGCUUCAAGUGACUGACCGGUG